AUGAAAGUGGAUAACAAUUUAUUGUAUUUAAUAGAAACAAUAGGAGAUAAUACAAUCAAACAUUUAGUUUCUGUUCUCCCAAAGUAUGAUUCAAAAACAAUCACAAUAUCUGACGUUAAUGUUAUCGACCGAUAUGCAUUUAUGCUGAAUGAAAAAUUAACUGAGGUAAUUGUUGAUAGUGCAAAUGCAAUACUUCAAUCAGAUGCAUUUACUGAAUCAAUUAAUAUCAAGAAAGUUGAAUUAAAAAAUAUUGGAUCUAAUAGCUUACCUUCAGAUUUAUUUGGAGACUGCCUUAAUCUAAACUCAAUAGAGUUGCCUGAAGGCCUUAAAAAGAUCGAGCCAGGUGCAUUUUAUGGCUGCAUGAGUCUUAAAAAUAUUAAUAUCCCUUCAUCAGUGGCUGAUAUUGGAAUAGGUGCCUUUCAAUUCUGCACUAGUCUUAAAUCAAUUGAUAUAUCUAAUAUACAGGUUAUUAAAAGUGAAUUAUUUAAAGGUUGUCAUGCUCUAUCGAGUAUCACAUUUUCCGAAAACUUAAAAAUCAUUGAACAUUCCGCCUUUGAAAAUACAAAUCUUAAAGAUAUCAAAAUACCUGAUAGUGUAAGUAUAAUUGAAUAUAAUGCUUUUCAAGAUUGCCGGAAUUUGAAGAAAAUAGAACUCGGAAAAGGAACAAAAAGCCUUGGACGUCUAUUUUUGGGUUGCUAUAAGUUGGAAAAAGUAAUUAUUUCAGCAUCAGUGAAUGAAAUUCAUGAGUGGGCUUUUAGUACACUUUCUCUUGUUGAUGUAGAAAUUGAUUCAUCGAAUCCUUAUUUUGAAGCUAAAGAUCAUGUUAUCAUUGAUAAAGAAACAAAUAUUGUAAUCGGAUCAUAUGGAACACUUCCAGAAACGUUCGAAGUUCCUGAAGGUGUUAUAUAUAUAAAUUCAUUAUUAGUUAAUAAGAAACAAGAGAAAAUACAAGGUAAAGAGAGACUGCAACUUAGAGUUUCUGCUGCCAUUGUAAAAUAUCCAAAAUCUUAUCUAGGUAAGGAGGAAUCAAACACUGAAAAUAUCGAUAUUAAACCUGACUAUGAAUGCUAUGGCUCUGAUAUUCAGUUGAUUUCUGAUUCCGAUGCAAGAUCUUAUGAUCAGUGCGAUUCAAAGAUUCCAGAUGAAUACUAUUUCAGAUUCCAUCGUGGAAUUACUUCUCCUGAAACUGCACUUACAGUAGUUGCAGUAAUACUUUUUAUUGCAAUUAUCGUUUUAAUUAUAGUUAUUUUCUUUAUUAAGAAUCAAUCUUCUACUCCAAAAUCCAAUGAAGAGAAUCCUUAA